GUCCGCGAUUGUCCGCUCGCCUCUCUUGCAAUCCUCCCCCCACUCGCCCACUCGACCCACUCGAGCCUCUCGAGCCACGCUCGCCGCGCCCCUCCGCCACCGGCACCCCUUUACCACGUCACACUGGAUCGACACACGGCCUGCACGCCUGCAUCCACGACGCCACCAUGUCAACUCGCGACUACACUGACUCUGAUUCGGACGACGCUCCAUCCCCAUCACCUACCUCGCGCGCCAUCUCCCCCUCAUCGCCAACCAAGGAUCCAGUCCGUUUGAAAUUACGACCUGGCAUAUACGAUUCGGCUGAGCCGUCGCCGUCAGUUUCCGCUUCCCCGCCCCCGCGCUUCAAGAUAAAGCUCGGCAUGAAGCAUCCGCGACAGGCGGCAUACUCGUCCUCCGAUGAAGAGAAACCAUCGAAGAAGCAGAAGACCAAGGUCCGCUCGCCGCCGCCACCCGCUGCCGUUCCCAAGAAGAAGUACGACUGGUUGACGCCGAGCGCUGCCGGCGCGUCGCAUCACGGUCCCGAAGGCCGCAACGAGCGCGCCCCGUCCGCCCUCUCGGCUAUAAGCCCUGCGAGUACCCCCGCUGAAGACACCGCCGCAGAGAAGAAGAAGGGCGGACGCCGCUCUUCAGGCCAGCCAGGGCCGGGCAAGGCGUGGCGCAAGGGCAUGCGGAAGGGCGAUCCCAUGCCGUGGAAGGAGGGCAGCAGCUUCAUGGGCGACAAGGUGCGAAGCUCGCCGCUCGCCACACCGCAGCGUCACAGCGUCUCCCGUGAGGUAUCACCUGAUCUCGAUUCAUUAUUGCUCGCCUCCGUCGCGCGAGAGCGUGAGCGCGUCGAGCGCGAGCCGAGCCCUCCCUUUGUCUUGGCAGACCCAGUCAAGCUAGGCAUUCCAGUGUUUGCCAACCCAAUCGUAUCCCCCAAGAUCUCCCUCAGCCAGUUUCCCAAGGUAACCCAAACCUUUGCGCGUAUGGACCUGAAGCCGUGGCCAAAGGAGGAAGUACGUCGGUGGAGCUACGAUGAGCGCGUGAUACGCGGCGUCGGAGGUGGGAACCUCAAGUUCAAGACGUGGUCUCGAGGCCCCGACUCGCAGCUCUCGGCUGUACUAGCCUCACAACGUGAGGCUGAGGCCGCUGCGCGCGCAGCCAAGCGCGAAAUGAAGCAGAAGGAGAGUGAAACACCCGACCGUCCGUCUUUCCCCCACUCGCUUUCUGGCGACAGUGUGCCGCGUGCAAUGUCAGUCGAUGAGGAAAGUGAGGCGGACGGCGACGACAGCGCUCGCGAAAGCCCCGCACCACGCAGACGCAAGCCCGCCAAGCCGAGGAAGAGCAAGCUCGCCCAGGAAAUUAAGCCAGAAGCGGACAGCAGCGUGCCACCCGAGUAGGCGGCGAGGACGUGAAAGGACGGUGAGCGGGUUGCAGUGAGAAAUGGAGGCCAGCCAGGAGAACGCAGAGAUACCCUGCCAAUCGUAGUGAUGUCGCCCCUCGUGCGUAUCGUGCAUUAGAGCACCUUGAGCGUGAUAUGUCAAGCUUAGUUGUACAGAUUACUACUUGUGCAGUCUUCUUCUCUCUACCCUCGGCGCUUGGCCAGCGCCACGAUUAAAUCCGUGUUCCACCCAAUCCUCCACUCACCCAGCCGCUUGAGCUCACGCCAUACCUCGCCCUCAGGCGGCUCCGUCCCCGACGGCGGGUAAAUGACAAAGUCC